AUGCUAGAAAACGGCCAAGAGCGGAGAGCGCUAACAAAUUUUUCUACAGAAUUAAAUCUCACACAGAUUAUUAAAACUCCAACUAGAAUCACGGCGACGUCCCAAACGCUUAUUGAUGUUAUUCUAGUCUCAUCCACAGCACUUGUUCUUGAGAGUGGUGUUAUUAACACUUCUAUCAGUGACCACUUACCAGUGUACGUCCUACUAAAGUUAAAGGCCCCAAAGAUGCCAGCAUGUUACAUUACAACUAGGAGUUAUAAAAACUAUAAUCCCUCACUAUUUUCCUCUGACCUUGUCACUAAAUCGGAUCGUCUGUUAUCCAUAUUAUCCAACACCAACGUUAAUACAAUACUCGAAACCUUCAAAGAUGUUCUUCACUCAACUCUCGACGUGCAUGCACCGUUAAAAACCUUCAAAAUCCGAAAUCGAUCAUGUCCAUAUGUCACCAAUGAAAUAAAAGAACUCAUGAAGUCUCGUGACCUACACCUCCGUCGGUUUCAACUGACACGUGAUGAAGGUGAUUGGGUAGUUUACAAAGAAUAUCGUAAUAACGUAAAAACCAAAAUUAAAGCCGCAGCGAAGGACCACACCUUCAACGAAGUAAGAGAACAUAAACACAAUUCGAGAUCCCUAUGGAAAAUAAUUAAUAAUAUAAUUCCCUCGAAGGAAAAGGAAACACAAGUUUAUAGUAAAGAUCCAAAAACAGUUGCAGAAGAUUUCAACCUUUUUUUUACUUCUGUGGGACGGAACGCUGCUGCGACAGCCGAAAGUUUAGCCAAAGACAACAAUGUUGUACUGUCAAAUCCUCUGUCAAAUGUAAUCACUUAUCCAUCUGAUCAACUGUUCAAUUUCCAAUCCGUUACUUGUACAGAGGUUCAACGCAUUAUCAUGGCUAUGCCAAGUAAUAAGUCACCAGGACCAGAUAAAAUAGGCAUGCGGGUCAUCAAAGACUGUCUUCCAAUCAUACUGGGUCCUCUUACGCAUAUGAUAAAUUGCUCUCUAAUGACAAGCACAUUCCCUGACCUAUGGAAGAUUUCUGAAGUUAUACCCCUACUAAAAGAAGGAGACCACGAGAUAGCCUCAAACAAUCGGCCUCUCUCACUACUCGAGGUAGUUUCAAAAGUUUGUGAAAAAGUUGUUCUAAAUCAAUUUAGCUCCUACCUCAAAGAAUUUAAUCGCAUAUCGUCACAUCAAAGCGGGAAUAGGAGUCUUCACUCCACCGAAACCUUAAACAUAUUUGUUACCGAUACGAUGUUGGAAGCCAUAGACAACAAAAAUCUAACGGCACUAAUCUUAUUGGAUUUAUCCAAGGCAUUUGACAGUGUCAGUCAUUCGAUUUUAUUACACAAAUUGAGUUGUAUCGGUGCUUCACCCGAAGCUGUUAAAUGGUUCCAAGACUAUUUAACAGGCAGAUCCCAAUACGUGCGCAUUGGAUCCACCAAGUCAUCAGCUCGCCCAAUAACCCAUGGCGUUUCACAAGGUGCAAUACUAUCACCACUUCUGUUUUGCAUCUAUAUUAAUGAUCUGCCAGGGAGCAUACAAUCGUGUAACCUUGAUUCAUACGUAGACGACUCAAAGCUUUACAAAUCAUUCUGCAUCUACGACUUGGAACAGACAACUAUCAAUUUAGAGGCAGAUCUACAAAUAGCAGCCAAGUGGUGUUUGGAGCAUCAAUUACUGAUCAAUCCAGAAAAAACUAAAUUCCUUGUAGUCGGUUCAAGACCCAUGCUGCAGAAUGUACCUACAGAAAUAUCGCUAACAUUUUUAGGAAAGACUAUAAGACCUGUUUUAUUAGCUAAAGAUUUGGGAAUCAAUUUGGAUUCGUACCUAUCCUACGACGACCACAUAUCUAAACUCGUUUCGUCGUGUAUGAGAAAACUAUGUCAAAUAAAUCGCAUGAAGGAUAGUUUCGAUAAUGAAACAUUAAAAUUGGUCAUUGAGACACUUGUAAUUAACAAGCUUCUGUACUGCUCUACGGUGUGGUCCAACACGUCAUCUAACAAUAUCAAUAAACUUCAAUCAGUGCAGAACUUCGCGUGCAGAGUUAUAUCAGGGGUAGGAAAGUUCGAUCACAUAACUCCGGCGUUGCGCGAACUAAAUUGGUUGCCAGUGGAAAAGUUAUUAUUGGAAAGGGAUACUGUAAUGGCUUACACGUGUUUUAAUGGACUUGCACCUGACUACCUAGUAGAUAAAUUUAUAAAGCGUUCCGACAUACAUGAUCGAUCGACAAGAAAUCAUGACCUCUUGGACAUCCCUCUGUAUAAAUCUGCUGCAGGUCAAAGAACAUUUAAUUACCGGGGUGUUAAAAUAUGGAAUGACUUGGAUGAUAAACUAAAAAAUAUUACAUCAAUAACAAUUUUUAAGAAAAAUGGGAGAUUUUACUAA